AUGAGCUUGAUCUGAUUUUCAAUUGCGUUAUUAAUACUUCUUUUUUUCAAGAUAUCAUAAAAGGCUUCUCUGAGCUUUCUUCAGGAAUUGUAAUUUCUCACAUCGUUGGUGCUAUAAUUAUUGGAGAUGUGAAGUAUCUUCAUCAUUGGUGUUCGCCGUUAUCAUUGUAG